AUGCUUGACCUCUCCCUCCCCACUGCCCUCGUCCUAAUCGACAACCAAGCAGCCUUCACCCACCCCACCUACUGGGGCACGUCGCGCUCCAAUCCCGCCUACGAAACCAACCUUGCCUCUUUGCUUCAUGCCUUCCGCACAGCCCGAAAGACCAACCCCACCCUCCCCCUUGAGAUCAUCCACGUCUUCCACUCCUCCCCCUCGCCCACCAGCCCUCUCCACCCCGCCGACCCAAGCAAAGGCGCGCACCCGCUAGACUUUGCGCAGCCCGCAGCCGACAACUCCGAGCCAGUUUUCUGGAAGAACGUCAACUCGAGUUUUAUCGGAACGGGGCUGGAGGCGUACCUCCGCGACAAGAAAAUCAGGCAGGUGGUGUUUGCGGGGUUGACAACGGACCAUUGUGUUUCGACGACGGUGCGGAUGGCGGCGAAUCUGGGGGUCGCGGAUGUCUAUCCUGACGGAAAGCCGGAGAUCCUCGCGGACGGGACGCAGACUGUCAAGCCGGGUUUCGGUAGAGAGUUUGAGGGGGGAGUUUGCGGAGGUGAUGACUACGAAGGAGGUGGUCGAUUGGCUAGAAGCUGGUAG